GCGCGCGCACACUGGAAUCCACGGGCGAAACCAGCAGAGUGGAGAAGGUUCUUCCAUCCCAUGGCUUCCGCGGCCCUCGCGAGCGUGUGCCCCAUCGCGUCCGUCUCCGGGCGCUCGUCGCCGGCGAGCUACCGGGCCGUGAGGUGCUGGAGCGCGAGGAGGGGGAGGCGGCGGAGGUCGGCGGGGCUGAGGGCGAGGUGCGCGGGCGGCCAGCCCUCCGCCGUGAAGCCCGGCCCGGAGAGCCCCGCGGACGACGGGUCGGUCGGGGACGAGGAGCAGCCGCACCCGCAGUUCGACCUCAACCUCGCCGUCGUGCUCGCCGGCUUCGCGUUCGAGGCCUACAGCACCCCACCCGCAGAUGCGGGCUGGCGCGAGACGGACGCGGCCGAGUGUCAGACGGUGUUCCUGUCCGAUGUGUUUCUCCGUGAAGUAUACGAUGGCCAACUAGUUGUGAGGCUCAAGAAAGGCAACAGUCUUCCUGCAAUGGACCCAUGGGGUACAAGUGAUCCUUAUGUAGUUCUACAACUUAACGGUCAAACUGCAAAGAGCCAAAUUAAAUGGGGGACGAAGGAGCCAACCUGGAAUCAAGAUUUCACAUUUAACAUUAGGACUUCUCUAGAAAAUCUACUCCAGGUUGAGGCUUGGGAUGCAAACCUUAUCACCCCACACAAACGAAUGGGAAAUGCUGGGUUGUAUCUUGAAACACUUUGUGAUGGAAAUAAACAUGACAUCACUGUCGAAUUAGAAGGCCUUGGUGCUGAUGGUGGUGGAACUAUUGAUUUGGAGGUCAAAUACAAGAGUUAUGAUGACAUUGAGCGUGAUAAACAAUGGUGGAGAACACCUUUUGUGUCUGACUUUCUCGAAAAGAGCAGCCUAGGAUCUGCUCUUAGGACGGUCCUUGGAUCUGAAACUGUAAAUGCAAGCCAGUUCGUCCAAUCUGCAUUUGGGCAACUGAGUUCUUUAACUGACACAAACCUUCUAAAGCCAUCGUCUUCUGAUAGUGAAGCUGAGAUUUCUGAAAGGCCUGAAGAAUCCGUGGAUAACUCUAUUGGAUCAGAUGAACUGCAACAGCAGAAGAUUGAUUCGAUAGCUUUUGGAGAAAACGCAGAUUCCCAGAGUCAACCUGCAGACACUGCUGCCGUUGUUAAUAGUGAGGGGAAAACAUCAACCGAUAUGAAGGAACCUGAUGAGUAUUUCUGGAGUGCUUUCACCAAAACACUCAACCAAAAUGUUCUUAAGAACUUUGGAUAUUCUCUUCCAGAGGCUAAGCAAUUGGAUGGAUUUGACCUGUUAAGUUCACUUGGUUCGAAAUCACGUGAAAUGGCUGAACAGGUAUAUUUAGAAUCUGGACUGGCGACAGCAGAUUCAUCAACCAGUGAUGGCAGCGAAACAAUUCCUGAAGUCAGUGUUGACAAUGAAGAUAGCAGAAUGCCAACUAAAGAGGCAGUGCAGGCUUCCUUUCCAAAUAUUAAUGAAAUAUCUCGGGAUGUAUUGUCUCAAACAGAGAAUGUACUAGGAGCUUUAGUGAUUCUUUCUAAGAACUUCUCAUCUCAAGGCAAAGAUUCAGUAACGAUCAAUGAAGCAAACCAGAAAGAUAAUUCAAAUGGAGAAGAACAAGAUGCUGCAGAUUCUGUUGAUAAGGAUGGUGCUGCUGUUUCAACCACAGAAGUGUCCAUAAAUACACAGAAAACAGAUGAUACACGUCAACUGUUUGCAAGUGCCGAGACUGCUGUGGAGGCAUGGGCUAUGCUUGCCACUUCAAUGGGGCGUUCCAGUUUUAUAAAAUCAGACUUUGAGAAGAUAUGUUUUCUGGAUAAUGUUUCAACGGACACACAGGUUGCCAUUUGGCGUGAUUCUUCACGAAGAAGACUGGUUGUUGCCUUUCGAGGAACUGAGCAAACAAGGUGGAAGGAUUUGGUAACUGACUUAAUGCUUGUCCCUGCUGGACUAAACCCUGAGAGGUUGGGUGGUGACUUCAAACAAGAAGUUCAAGUUCACAGUGGAUUCUUAAGCGCGUAUGACUCUGUUAGGAAUAGGAUCAUGGCUCUUGUCAGACACGCCAUCGGAUAUAUGGAUGAAGAAGAUGCAGAAACCAUACCUAGGUGGCACGUCUACGUAACUGGACAUAGUUUAGGUGGAGCACUGGCAACCCUUCUCGCUCUUGAACUUUCAUCAAGUCAAAUGGCCAAGAAUGGUGUUAUAUUCGUGACUGUGUACAAUUUUGGCUCUCCUAGAGUCGGAAAUAGAAGGUUUGCUGAUGUCUACAAUGCGAAAGUAAAAGAUAGCUGGAGAGUUGUCAAUCACCGAGAUAUCAUUCCAACAGUGCCACGACUUAUGGGCUAUUGCCAUGUGGAAACACCAGUUUAUCUUAAAUGUGGAGAUCUAACAGAUGCAUUGGCGAAGGAAAUUUUGGAUGAAGACCAAGGUGAUGAGAUAGGCGAGUACACUCCUGACGUGCUUGUUAGUGAAUUUAUGAAAGGAGAGACGCAGCUUGUGGAAAAACUACUCCAGACGGAGAUAAAUCUACUCCGCUCAAUCAGGGAUGGCUCAGCCCUUAUGCAGCACAUGGAAGACUUUUACUACGUCACACUUCUAGAGACUGUGAGAUCAAGGUACCAAUUGGUUGAUGAUGCAAGCCAAGAAUAGCUCCAAAUUGACCGUGUUAUCUUAAAGUUGUGUGCUGGAACUUCCCAGACCUGAUUCGCACAGGAAGGAACAGGAUAUUAAGGGUUACUAAGUGUUCAGCUUCGUUCGACGGCUAUGUUUAUUUUUAAUGCAGCAUUCGCAACCAAAGGUAAUCUGAUCUGGAAGACAAAAUCUGGUCGGCAUAUUGUUGCCUGCCUAAUCCAUGUCAACAUAUUUCUGGCUGGUGAGUGUAACCAAUUGGGGAUGUCUGCUCUGAAGACGUGCAUUCGCCAUUUACAAGGCACAAGGUGCAUCUAUAACAAAGCCUCGACUAAGCUGGACAGCUAUCAGAUGGAUCUGGUCUACAUAUUAUGAAUGUGAAUGUGCUUGGCCAAUCCUUAUCGGCGUUCAUGCUUCUCAGCUGUGAUUUGUCUGCUCGAACAUUCAUGUGAAAAGCCAUGUAAAUAAUGCCCUUUUGCUCCCAAGUGCUUUGAAUCAUGACAAUAGAAGCUCAAAAUUCUCGGUUAA